GCAGAGGUGUUCCCGUUCUUUGCUGAGCUGCAGACAGGCACCGACAACGGAGUGUUCAGUAAUAAAGUGAAGCUGUUCUCCGCCACUCGAUCGGCGCCCAACGUAUGGGAGCGGACCUACUACAGACUCGACCCAACUUCACUUAUCCUGGAAACAUCUGAGGGACCCAGCAAUGCCACAGUUUUGACGAUGGUGACGGAGCCAAACUCGGACCUGCACUCGCCCGGCGGCCGCUUCCACUUCGAGUAUCAUCAUCACCGCACGGAGAUGGCUCCCAGCAGCAGUGAAUGCAUCAACGCUUCAUCCUCCACGACAGAGUCGCUGCGGAAACUGCGGCUGUGCGCGACUCUGGCGUCGGCCGACGGUUUGAACUACUGUGGUCCGCACAACUUGGUCGCGGCGGAAAGCUGCAGUCGGGACGGGUCGCGGGUCAUCACAGGUUUGCUGACGCCGUUCUACCGAUUCUCGAUGCAGCAGUGCAAGCGAUUCGCCGACCUUGACUAGCUAAUCCUACCCACAUUAUUAUAUAUAAGUAGGCAUAUAAAAUUAUCAGAGGCUGAUAUACAUACAAUUAUAGAGUCAUCAUCAUGAUAUGUGCAAUGAUUGUACAAUGAAAAGCACUGAAGUGCA